AUGAGAUUAUCAAAUAAAACAGUGCGAAAAGAGAACGUCAUAUUGUCAAAUGAAACAGUGAGAAAAGAUAAGAUAUUGUCAAAUGAAAAAGUGAGAAAAGAUAAGAUAUUGUCAAAUAAAACAGUGCGAAAAGAGAACGUCAUAUUGUCAAAUAAAAUAGUGAGAAAAGAUAAGAUAUUAUCAAAUAAAACAGUGCGAAAAGAGAACGUCAUAUUGUCAAAUAAAACAGUGAGAAAAGAUAAGUGUUCAAACUGUUUUCUACAUAACUUUAAAUAUGAGAUAAUAAACAGUAAUAUCUGUAAAGUACAGAAUGAUAUCACUGUAGAUAUUUUUAUUAUUAUUUUCUCCAUUCCUAGAAAUAUUGCCAAUAGAAACGCAAUCAGAAAAACGUGGGUAUCUGCAUCAAGGAAUAACACCGCUAAUACCAGAUAUGCUUUCUUUUUCGGCAUCAGUUCUGAUAAGAAUAUUUUGUUCCAGGAAGCAAAAAUUUAUAAAGACAUCAUCAUGGAGGAUUUUCAAGACAGUUAUCAGAAUUUAACCUACAAAACAAUGAUGGGAUUUAAAUUUGUUACUUUAUUCUGUAACAAUGCUAAAUACAUUCUUAAGACAGACGAUGAUAUGUGGAUCAAUCUCAAUUGGUUGAACGAAUAUUUACGGACUAACUCUCAAAAGUUAAUCAAUUCUGUUGGGGGCUAUUGUUUUAAAAGUGCAUCACCAAUCCGAAAAAAAUCCUCGAAAUGGUAUGCGGGUUUUGAAAGUUAUCCGAGUAAAAAAUAUCCAGGAUUUUGUUCAGGCACGGGCUAUAUUUUCACAAACAAAACAGCACAGCAAGUUUUUGAAAUCUCCAGAAAUGUGCCUUUUUACCAUUUGGAAGAUGUUUACGUUUCCCUAUGUAUCCGACAAUUGGGAUACACACUGGAACAUAUUCCCGGUUUUCGCAAUGGUACAGGAACGAAUGCAGAUCUGUGUAGAUAUAAAAAGAAAAGUGUGAUUACAUGGCAUAAGGUUCCCCCUGGCAAGUUAUUGAAAAUAUGGUCUAAAAAUUGUACACAAUAA